CGCGCACUAGAUGCACAUAGGAGUGAGUAGGCGCUCUUCUCUUGCGCAAGAUGCGAGAUACUGUAUCACCUAUGUAGUGUUACCGUGCUGAGGCAGGUAGGAAAGUAGCUUUGCUCAGCAAACGGAUUGUAACAUUUGGACGUGGUCUUUUUUUCCUGAGUUGAGCUGCCUGAGCAGAAUGGUAUCGCUCUUGAAUUACGCGUGUCUUUUCUUGCCUGUUGCUCUCCAUCUGAUCGUCGGCCCCUGUCCCAGCUCUGCUGCCUCCACCAGGAGGUGUCACUCCAUCUAUAAGGGCUUCGCUCAGUGUCUGAUGGCUCUGGGGGACAGCCUGACUGAGAGUGCCCAGAAGAUCGAGGAUACACAGGAGAUACACACCAUCUGCAAGUCCUGGGAUGAGUUUCAUGACUGUGCGAACGUGGCGAUGGCGGGCUGUCCUGAUGAGGCUGCUGCAGUCUGGGAGUCUCUGCGACAGGAGUCCAAGAAGAUGCAGUUUUCUGGUAACCUGUAUGACAUGUGCUCCAGUCGUAACCAACCAACUGGCACUGCUGAUGCCCUGAGCCCACCCAACCAGGAAGAGAUUAACCAGGAGUCUCUAAAAGCACACACCCACCAUCUAGGUCCCGCCUCUUUCUGGUUGCUCUCCUUAUGUUUGUCCCUUUUGCUGCUGUUGGCCAAGAUAUAGGCACGAUCAGGGUGAAGGGGAGGGAGGAACUCAUUGAGGACAUGUAAAAAAAUAUAUUAAAAAAGGAUAAUAAACUCACAAAUAUUUUUUGUGUACUAAAACUGAGUUGCAUAUAUUUCUAGCUGCAUGUUCAGAUUGGUGGCUCCUCAUCUGUAGUGUAUUCAUUUCAUACACACAUUAUCUCUCUAACUCUCUCUGAAAUACUCUCCUCCUUUUCAUCAAUUUAAGAGUUGGAUAGUAUGGUUCCAGGGGGAUGCUGUCUGGGAGAGCUGAGGGUAGAAUGUAAAUGAGCAAAUAAACCUCAAACAUCUAGAACCCAAGACAGAUUAUUCAAGCCUCACCAGGCAAGGCUUAACAGCAACAUCUCACACAGAAACCUGCAUCCUGAAGUUUCCUUCAGGUUGUUAUUCAAUCAGAGAGCACUGUGGGAUGUUUUGUAGCAUUAAAGGCUCAGACAAUUUUUGUUAUUUCGUUUGGGACUCACUGAGGAUUACAGAGAGAAUUACUCAGAGUAAAACCUCUAGAACAAUAGAGCUUACCUGCAGACAAGCAUAAUGAAAUAUACCCAGCUCAUGGCAGUUUGAAUGUUAAGGACUGAAGGCUUGGAUCGCUGUGUAUUCACCCAGUGCGGGUCUAUUUAACACAGCGUUCAUUAACAGAUAAACCACUUAACUUACAUGAAAUCACUUCUUGUCUUGGUCAAGUCUAGGCUGACCUAGAAUUGUAUUUAGUCAUUUGUGUUGAAGAAAUAUGGAUGAAGGUGUACAUAAUGGAAUUUAUUCAUAUGAAUAUUUAUGUACAUAUCAAGUGGCACAUCAAUAUAUAGUAUCAAGCCUUUUGAUGCUGCAGGAGCCUGUGUGUAAACGGAGACCCUGGUGAAAUAAUAACGGUAUAGAAAAAAGGUUUUACUCAAAAGGACUUUCAUUUGAUUAAAGUCAACACCAUGAGGAUAACCCCUGCUUGACUCCCUGACAUUAAAUCUUAGCUGCGUUUAAAACCUAGUUUUAAUUGAAUGUAGGUCUGAGAUAAACUACCAUGUUGGAAAUGGAAAAUACCGUUUAAAUGUAUGUUUUCUAUUGGCUUUGCUCUCAACAGCUUUAUCGGUCAAUUUGUAUUUGCAGUGGAUUUGCAUUUUUAAUUGGAAAUUAAUCUUGUUUGCUAUUGCAGCAAGUUUGUGUGGAAUGGUUAGGAGGCAGCAGUAAACUACAGUGAAAACUUCAAGGAAAUCCAUUUUUAUCUUCAUUGUAAAGUAAAGGACAUACAAUAUAUGAAGUAGAUUUAGUUGAUCAUUAAAUAAAUGUAAAUAUUUAAAGAAUAUUGUGUUGCUAUAACAACAGUUAGCGCUACAACAUUUGAGGUUACUGGAUAACAAAUUUUAGACUGUUUGCAAACUGUGAGGACUUUAUUACUUAUCUGAAUUUCAAUAAAUUGUGUGUGUGUGUCUGUGUGUGGGUCUGUGUGUGUGUGUACGUGUGUGUACGUGUGUGUGCGUGCUUGUGUGCAUUGUGCCAGUGUAAUAACACUUGGUGAAUGAAAGCAGUAGCAAUGCCUUUUACGUCAAAAUACAGUAUGGAGACUCUCCCUUAUCUUGCUUUACAAUAAGCUUUUUCAUUCUUGUAUACAUCAGCUCAUAAGCAUCAUUAUUCUUCACAUAUAUAUAAUGUUACUGUACCUAUAUUGUAUACUUCUGUACUAGCAGUUAUGCUGGGGCGGCAGGUAGCCUAGUGGUUAGAGUGUAGGGGCGGCAGGUAGCCUAGUGGUUAGAGUGUUGGGCCAGUAACCGAAAGGCUGCUAGAUUGAAUCCCCGAGCUGACAAGAUAUACAUCUGUCAUUCUGCCCCUGAACAUGCAGUUAACCCACUGUUCCCGGUAGGCCGCCAUUGUAAAUAAUAAUUUGUUCUUAACUGACUUGCCUAGUUAAAUAAAGGUUCAAUCAAAAAAUUAUAAUAAUGGAACAGUUGUGUUGUGUUGCUUGAGAUGUUGUAUGAUGUGCAGUCUUUCUGUUU